AUUAGUAGUAUUAAUAUAAGGAGCAUAAAGUCUAGUGAGAGACAGAGAGAGAAAACAAACUAAGGUGGAGUUAUGAGCUUGUUGUGUCUUUAUGGUAAUGUCCUUGUUUUCCUCUCAACAGUUAAAUGUUACCGAGAAUAGAAGCCAGCCGAAUAAUAAAAGCAGCCAAACCGGCACAUAGAAAGAAAGAGACUCACUCUCACACAAUUGACACAAAACACAAGCACACACAAAUUUCCUUUCUUUUUUUAAAGAAGAGAAGCAACACGUAAAGGAGAGAGAGAAAGAAGAGAAGAUGAAACAUAGUGCUUCCUCCACUGAUAUUCUCUGCUUCUCCAUUCCCUGAACCAAAAUUUUCAAUUUUUAAUACAUAUAAACUUCUGGGGUUGUUUGUUGUUGUAAAAGUUGAAGGCUUUUGGGGGGUGUCUGAUCCAUUAGGAUCAUCAUCAUUCAUCAGCACAUGGCAAAGCCAGGGGUGUUGGAGUCUGAUCCAGGGGUGAUGGUGAAGAAGGCCAAAGAGUUGAAGAGGGAGCUUCAGAGGUUGGUGAAGUCUAUUGUGCAUGAUGAGGAUUGCAGCACUGAGACCAUUGAUCAGGCCAAAGAGACUCUCUGUGUUCUCAAGGAGUUGAAGCUCAGAAACAGGUCUUCACUGUCUCUGAAGCUUCACAACAAGAGUGUCGCUUCUUCUUGCCCUGAUGAAUUCAAGUGCCCUCUUUCCAAGGAAUUGAUGAGAGAUCCUGUCAUUGUGGCUUCUGGUCAGACAUAUGACAGACCUUUCAUUCAAAAAUGGCUAAAUGCUGGAAAUAGGACUUGCCCUCGGACACAUCAAGUCCUUUCACACACUGUGCUUACACCAAAUCAUCUAAUAAGGGAAAUGAUUGAGCAAUGGUCUAAAAACCAGGGGAUUGAAUUGUCGAAUACUGUUCAAUAUAUUGAUGAGGAAGGUUUAAACGAAGCCGACCGUGAGCAUUUUCUUUGUUUGCUUAAGAAAAUGUCAUCAACACUUUCUGAUCAGAAGACGGCUGCAAAAGAACUGCGCUUGCUGACAAAAAAGUAUCCUUGUUUCCGGGUACUCUUCUGUGAUUCUGCAGAUGCCAUUCCCCAAUUGCUUAAGCCAAUUUGUGGCAGUGAUUCUUUUGGUAGUGUUCACCCUGAUCUCCAAGAAGAUGUAAUCACAACACUCCUCAACAUCUCUAUUCAUGAUAACAACAAAAAGCUAGUGGCUGAAACUCCUAUGGUAAUUCCUCUCCUUAUGAGAGCAUUGAGAUCCGGAACAAUUGAAACGAGGAGCAAUGCCGCAGCUGCGCUUUUCACUUUAUCAGCUCUCGACUCAAACAAGGAACUCAUAGGGAAAUCUGGAGUUUUGAAGCCGUUAAUUGACCUCUUGGAAGAAGGGCAUCCCUUAGCCAUGAAGGAUGUUGCUUCAGCAAUUUUUAACAUAUGUGUAAUGCAUGAGAACAAGGCAAGAGCCGAGAAGGACGGCGCAGUGAGGGUGAUUUUGGCAAAGAUAAAUAAGCAGAUUCAUGUUGCUGAGUUACUAGCUAUUCUUGCACUGCUUUCAAGUCACCAGAGGGCUGUUCAUGACAUGGGAGAUCUUGGAGCUGUUCCUAGCUUGCUGAGGAUCAUCAGAGAGAGCUCAUGCGAACGCAACAAGGAGAAUUGUGUAGCAAUCCUUCAAACCAUUUGUCUGUAUGAUAGAUCAAAGUUGAAGGAAAUAAGGGAAGAGGAGAACAGCCACAAAACAAUCUCUGAGCUAGCAAAGCAUGGAACAUCAAGGGCUAAGAGGAAAGCUAGUGGAAUUCUUGAGAGAUUGAAUAGGGCUGUUAAUAUCACACACACUGCAUAAUGUCUCUUGAGCCCUCUCUCAAGGUACAUUACAUCGUAUAUUCUGCAUUUGUCUCCAGAAACUCUAAGUUGUUUAAAGUUAAAAUCAGUCAGAAAUUCUGUCUCUUCACCAAUUUUUGUACAUUCUUUUUUCUUAACGAAGUCAUUCUCAUGUUCAUCAGUUAGUGACCAAAUAAAGUCAUGUGCUCUGUCUCUAAAUUAUUCAAAAUCUUCUACAGGACUCUCCAAGGAUGUUUGGGCUUAAAACUUUUGGUUAUGUUUAUAAUAUAUUAUCUCUAUUUUUACU